UGCGAAUGAAAAAAAAAUCAAUAAGAAUCUCAAAUCGCGAUAAUGGGUCCUACUCUCUGCUCCACCACGGCACUGAAAUGUCGACUGUUCUCGUAACUGAUAGCUAUGGCAGUAGUUGGACACAUCAAAAUUUAUCAUAACAGACGUGUUACACUAAGUUUUCACCGUCGACGAACAGAAUUAGAACUUUGAGGAUUGGCGAUAGCGUAAAGGGGAAUUGAAUUCGAUCUUGAUCUGAACUCAAAUCUGCAAUCCUCUGCAAUGGUUACCCAUUUGAGCUAAAGAAUGAGCAAAUUCCAAAAUCUCACUUGAAGGUAACCCAGAUGCCUAGACUUUGCAAACUAGUCUUAUACAGGUUUAGGCAUGCCAGUUUUACUUACAGAGCGGCUUUCUUUUUGUGGGCUGUAAUUAUCUUUGUCAGCCUUUCUUAUUACUUCUCUGUCACUACACAUUGUCGGGUUUCCUGAGAAGCGAGUCAAGCAAUGGCUGCUCGAUCGGUUUACUCUUCAUCAGUGUCUUCGCUACCACCCCCGAGUCCAAAAUCUCCGCCUGAGUACCCUGAUUUGUAUGGGAAGCGUCGAGAGAUAGCUAAUAUUCAGACGCUUGAAAGGGAAAUUGGCUUUCUUGAGGACGAACUAAAAUCCCUUCAAAGUCUUCAACCUGUCUCAAUAUGCUGCAAAGAGAUUAACGACUUUGUGACAACAAAUUCAGAUCCAUUGACGCCUACUUGCAGGGUGAAACAACAGCGAUGUCGCAUCUGGAAAUGGUUAUGCGGGUUUCCUUGCUUUAAUUUGUCAUGGCUAUGCUGCUGCUCUUGCACCGAGUGCGCUAUCUACCUAGAGAUGCCUCGCUGCUGUGGUUGUAAACCAUGUAACUUCCCAUCAUGUUUAAGGUGUUGUAGUAUGCCGAAGUGUAGUUUCUUCUCUUGUCCCUCUUUGUCCUGCUGUAGAAACUUCUCAUGCCGUAGAUUGUGUUGUUUUUUAUCACUACCUUCAAUCCCAUGUCCCCACUGUAGCAGUUGCUGCGAAUGCAAAUGCAGCUGUAAGUGCUCUUUUCCAAAAUGUUCACAGGUACCUUCUUGUCGUCUUUGUACAAAGUCUUGUUGUAACCCUUGCUCUUUAUGUUGUUGCUUUUAGUUCAGCAACACUAUUCCAUAAAGUUAUUUUGAUCUUCUACAUGAAAAAAUCAAUGUACAUUAUGAUGAAUAUCUUUUACUUUUUAUUAAUUUGUCCAAAUUUUAUUAGUAGGAAUACGGUUGGUAUUGGCUCUUAAAUUA